UCUUCAGCUUUCGGUGCUGAGCUGGGCUGAGUCUGAGUCUCUGAGUAAGACUAUGGAGCGAUAGUUCAGUUCGAUACCCGUUUAUUAUUAUUAUUAUUAUUAUUUCCAUCUUCUCAAUCGAAGAAGAAGGAGAAGAAGAAAGAAAGAAAGAAAGAAGGAAAGAAAAACCCUAAAAAUCAAAAUCAAUUGGAAUUGGAAUUGAAUCUCCUGAGGUCAGGUAGCGGCGGCGAUGGAGAAUGGGUACGAUGUGGCGGAGAAAUUGUCAGGGAUGAAGUUAGGGUUUGAUGAUGAGAAUAACGAAAACGAUAAUAAGAAUUCAAGCAGUCUUUUUCAGGUUAUGAAAGCCGUGGAAGCUGCCGAGGCAACCAUUAAGCAACAGGUCGAAGAGAACAACCGCCUCCGCGCUGAGCUCCAGCACAAGAUUCUCCUUCUCGACCGCUAUCAAAAAGUAGAGGAGUCAAUGUCACAAUUACAAACAAGGUCUCAUGUUGGAUCUUACCAAGUACUACCAAACCACCACCACCACCAACAACAACAACAACAUGAACAUGACAGUGAUGACAUUUCUGCAACACAAAAUCAUCCCAAAACCACCACCACCACCACCCUACUCUCCAACUCCUCCGCCAAGAUUAACGGCUCCAUUUCCGCUGCUCAGCCUUCUUCUGCCAAUAAUGCCGCCGCCGCCGCCGCCCUCUCUUCUCCGUCCACAGCAUCAUUCUUACCCACAAGGUUUCAAAUGGAAGGAGAGUAUGAUCCGCGGUUAAACAUGUCUGCACAAGGCUUGAUGCCGGUGGCCGACGUUAAUAACCCUAACACCCUCUGGAAGCGGGAUCUCGCUCUUAAGAUUCAGGAUCAUGAAGAAGAGAUUAUGCAGCUCCGCAAACACCUUGCUGAUUAUUCUAUAAAGGAAGCGCAAGUACGUAAUGAAAAACACGUUCUGGAGAAGCGAAUUGCUUAUAUGCGUCUGGCAUUUGAUCAGCAGCAACAGGAGCUUGUUGAUGCUGCAUCCAAAGCUCUAUCAUACAGACAGGAUAUUAUUGAAGAAAAUAUACGUCUCACAUAUGCAUUACAGGAUGCACAACAAGAAAGAUCAACAUUUAUUUCGUCAUUGUUGCCUCUUCUUGCAGAGUACUCUCUGCAGCCACCUGUUCCCGAUGCCCAAUCAAUUGUCAGCAAUGUCAAGGUUCUUUUCAAACAUUUGCAAGAGAAACUUUUCCUUACUGAGUCAAAGCUAAAGGAAUCACAGUAUCAGCUGACCCCUUGGCGUUCGGAUGUAAACCAUUCAAAUGUUGCCCCGCCCUCUCCUUCUCCCUCCAUUGGCGCAGCAUUGGCGACUUCAAGCCCUACAAAUGGGCUUGAAUUGGUUCCUCAGCCAACAUACUCCCAUGGAAAAGCACCAUUGUCUACUCCCGAUGGUCAAACAAAUACAGACUGGGAUAUAUUGGUUCGUCAACAGGGCGAUGGCGUUGGUGGUGCAGCAAAACUUUUGGAACCCGAUGACGUGGUGAGGUAUUCACCUCUUGCAAGCAGGACUUCGGUAGCACAAGAUCUACCUACACAAGUACCUAUGAGUCGGGGUGACACACAUGUUACUCAGUACAGUGAAGAAACCUCCAAUAAACAGGUCACAUUUCGGGACCCUGUCCGAAACAGUGACAUUGAUGACCAAGAUGCAGAAGGUAACCCAAAUGAGAGAGAAAUGCCUGCAAAUUGGAGUUCAGCACACCCUCCUUACAUGACAACAUUGGACGAUCUCAGCUCUUCAUAUUCGCCUUACCUACCACCGGUUUUAGAAGAGCCUUCUUCCUCAUUUUCAGAGGCUGCAGAUGACGAUCUCUUACCAGCAAUACAUGACCUCCAGAUUUCAGGUGAAGCUUAUCCAGGACGUGAACUUCAAGCAUGUGGGUACUCUAUCAAUGGAACAACCAGCUGUAAUUUUGAGUGGGUGCGUCAUCUAGAAGAUGGAUCUGUCAAUUAUAUUGAGGGUGCCAAACAACCAAAUUAUCUUGUCACUGCAGAUGAUGUUGAUACGUACCUUGCUAUUGAAGUCCAGCCUUUAGAUAACAGGAAGCGAAAAGGCGAGCUUGUAAAGGUCUUUGCCAAUGGAAACAAAAAGAUCACGUGUGAUCCUGAAAUGCAAAACCACAUCGAGAAGACUCUUCAUAGUGGCCAUGCUUCUUAUAAAGUAUUGUUGUCGGCUGGAUAUAUUGAUAUAUGGGAACAAGCUACAUUGGCAAUUAAAAGGGACGCUUACAGUAUUAAGGGCAGUGGCUCCAGUAGUGUUGUACACACUGAAAAGUUUUCACCAGCCACAACUGCUACAAUUCCUUAUGGAAGUCCGUCUGAAUUCAUAGUAACUGGUUCUAGUGGUGUUGACCAUCUCCUAAAAGUAGAUAAUAGCUCGGAUGUUAGCUGUUGCAGAGAUACAAUUGUGCUCACCUUAAGAUUAUUUAUUCUAAGGCAGGCCGGUGAAAGAAGAAAAGGAAAGAAACGGGGUCUAUUUUUUAACAAGUAGAACGAUUAUUUCAUCCCGCUCUGUGGUUCAGCCUUGGCCUUAGCGUUUGCCAAAUGAAGAAUAUCGGCUGUUGAGGGUCCGUCUACUUGUACGACGACUGAGCAUUUGGGGUGUGUUGUCUCGAGUUUUGUGAAGCAGGAAUGAGUUGGUGUUACAAUUGUAAUGUUGUGCAAAAUUAUUUAUUUCCUUCUAUUCUAUGUUUAGGUCCAUUUUGCUUCAUUUGUCAAACUUUUCUUUGUCUCUUUCUGUCUAAUCUCAGAACCAGUUAUUUAAAUCUUGGAGACGGAAAACACUAGUCCGAAUUUGAAAUUGUUUAAAUGUAAAUGUCAAAGUUAGAUUUUACAGAAAAGUGGAAGGUUUAUUUUUGUUGUACAUAAGAUUGAGCUUUGAGAAUAAUGAGGACCUACAGUUUUAUUACUAUGUGAUUGAGCAAUCAUCAUAGUAAUAUGCAAUG